CUGCGCGCGCGUGUGGGUCACUGCAGGUCUGCGUAACAGCGCAGCUGAAGCCGGAGUGUGCGCGAGCUUACUGUAACUAACGUAAAGAUCUGAAUUCGACGAGGAAACUCCUUGAUGGUGAGCUUUCUCCAGACUAACCUGAUCGAUCACUGAAGAACUGAAGGAAAAGUGCCGACAUCCGGACGUUGUUGUAUGCAAUUUUAAAGUCGAUACACUUCGUAACGAGGAUGUAAAUCAAUCAUUGCCCGGAUGGAGAAUGCUUCCUCCUCACCCUCAGGUCUCCCUUCCUGCACCUACAGUGAGGAUUUUAAACGCAUCCUUCUCCCUGUGGUGUACAGCGUGGUCUUCGUCCUCGGCUUGCCACUCAACUGCGCUGUCAUCCUUCACCUGUGGGGAACCAGACAUUCCCUGACUCGUACCAAGAUCUACACGCUGAACCUGGCUGCAGCUGACUUGCUGUAUGUGUGCUCCCUCCCUCUGCUGAUCUACAACUAUGCCAGUCGAGACUACUGGCCGUUUGGAGAGUUAACAUGCCGGUGGGUGCGUUUUCAGUUUUACAGCAACCUGCAUGGGAGCAUCCUUUUUCUCACCUGUAUCAGCGUUCAGCGUUACCUGGGCAUCUGCCAUCCGCUGUCCCCGUGGCUCAGAAGAGCAGGACGUAAGCUGGCAUGGGCUGUUUGUGCCAGCGUCUGGGUCAUUGUAGCACUUAUGUGUGCACCUACGUUCGAAUUCGCAGCAACGGGCAUCCAGAGAAACCGUACUGUGUGCUACGAUCUGAGUGUGCCUGAGCGCUCACAGCAGUAUUACCCAUACGGCAUGGCCCUCACCUGCCUGGGUUUCCUGUUGCCCUUUAUGGUCAUUGUUGUGUUGUACUGCAAGAUGGCACGGGUUCUGUGCCAACCGGAUGACGCCAGCGUUAAAGCAGCCAAAGAGAAGAAGUACAAAGCUGUGAGGAUGAUCGCCAUUGUGGUGCUAGUGUUCGCCAUCAGCUUCCUGCCGUUCCACGUGACCAAAACUAUGUACCUGUUAGUGAGGACCAUGCCUGAUGCCUCAUGCCAGCUCCGGAACCUUUUAUCAGUGGUGUAUAAGAGUACAAGACCAUUUGCCAGCAUGAACAGCGUGCUCGAUCCCAUCCUUUUCUACUUCACACGGCCCAAAUUCAGACGUGGAACACGCACCAUGAUGCUCAGGAUCACUACAUUUAGAGACACCAGCAAACCAGAAACACGGAUAUCACAAAAUGUACUAAGCAAGAAAUCAUAAAUGAUGUGACAUAUAAAAGCAUGUUCCCACCCAGGUGUGGUAUCUACUGAGGAAGAGUUCCGAAACUCUCCUGAGCAAGAACUUUAUCAUUUCUGGCUGUACUGAAAUAAAUAAUAUAUCUCAGUUAAUCACAAUACUAACCAUGGACUAAUAAGUCCACUUAUAUUCAUACAAACAUUCCUUAUAAUAAAAAAUCAGGGCUUAAAAAACUAAA